AAUGAGCGAUUAACAAGUGCGUAAUAUUCCUAAUCACCUCGAGCGUGACCGGGACAUAUAGGAUAGAUCGCAAAUCGCACGGCAGGAUCGGAAAACCGAAGAAAGGAGCUGGGAGCUAUCAAAAGCAGAGCAGACAUGGCGGUCGCGAGGAUAUUGGCGUCGGCGGCGAAGGGGGGCAGCGCCAAAUUCCGUCCUACCUCCGGGGGAUUGGCACGGGCCAAGGAUCUGUCAAAGGGAAAAGAAGCGCAGCAACCGUCGGCUUCCUCGGAGCUGGGCAAGUUCAUGGGCAUCCCCGAGGUUUCUCGAUCCGAAACUGCUGUCCUGGUCUCCCGGUUCAUUAAGCUCCACACCCGCCAGAAUCCUGGAAUCAAGAAGGACCUUCUUUGCGAAGAGAAGUUAAAGAGCAUCUUGGAAGGGAAAGACAGGGUGGGUAUCUCGGAGAUUGUUAAACUGCUAUCGUCACAACCUGUCAGAGUGCAAUGAUUGCUUCCUCGGCCUGGUUAGAUUGUUCUACGUCGAUGUCUGGUCAAUGUGAUUGUUACUUUGUAGACUGCUUGAGAUAUGAAAAGGGGGUUGAAUUGCAUCUUUGCUGGGGGUUAGACAGCUUCAAUUACUAGCUCAUUGCUUGUCUAAGCAUUUUGAGUUCGGUUGCUCUAGUCAUGGCAAUGCUAACAUUCAUUUGCUAA